ACACUCUUUAGGGUUAAACAUUUUUUUUAUUAAUAUUAUUAUUUAAUUCAACUAUUUUUCUGCUAAUUUGAAGGAAUAGAAUUCCUCAUUUUCUCCGCCUAUGUAUAUAAAUACGUGAUUGAGCUUAGGGUUAUGAAUGAGAAGGAAAUGAAAUGAAAUGAAGUAAUCAAAUCGAUUUUUGGUUGCAUCAAUCGUUUUUGUAAAUCAUUUUGUUCACACACAAUAAAUACAGGUGUAUGCAUAUAUAGUUAUGUUCACAUGUCGAUGCUGAGGCGUAGAAAGGGCUCGGCAGCGAAGAAAUCUCAAAAUUCAGAGACUCAAUUGGAUGAAAACAAGGAGAAAAAUGACAAUCAUUUGCAAGAAAAAUUGAAUUCAAAUGCUGCGAAUUUGAAAGGAAAUGUGAACUGUAAUUUGAAAUCGAAAUCAGAUGAGAAAUUUAGGAAAAAAUGGAAUUGUGUGGACAACUGUUGUUGGUUCAUAGGAUGCAUAUGCUCGAUGUGGUGGUUUUUGCUGUUUCUGUACAACGCAAUGCCGGCUUCGUUCCCGCAGUAUGUCACGGAGGCGAUCACGGGACCCAUGCCUGACCCACCGGGGGUGAAAUUAGCUAAAGAAGGUCUCACAGUGAAGCAUCCGGUGGUUUUCGUUCCCGGGAUAGUGACUGGAGGGCUUGAGUUGUGGGAAGGGCAUUCCUGUGCUGAAGGGUUGUUUAGAAAGCGGCUGUGGGGCGGUACCUUUGGUGAAAUAUACAAAAGCUUUUCUCUUGAUCGCGGGAGUUCAAGAACUUGAAAGGAUUCUGUUCUGCUUAUCGAAGGUUCAGAUUUAUUCCAUGUUAAAAGAUUGAAACUUUCAAAGAUGGUAGAAUUUGUUAUAUAGUUAUCAGAGAUAAAAAGUCUAUAUCUCCCAAUUAAUGAUGGGUAGGUGUUUAAUGGUCCUGACAAAAGUUUUAAUGUUGAUAGAUUACCAGCUUUUCCAAUUGCUACUGAAAUGUUCAAUAUUCACAGCAUUGAUGAAUUCAAACAUUCACAGCGUGUGGGGGUUCAAUUUUUUC